AUGGAUGAAGAAAGUGAACCCAUCCAGCCUCAAGACCAGAGUUGCUGGGCCACCCUGCCCGAUGUCUGCCUGCGACGUGUCUUCUGGUGGCUGGGAGACAGGGACAGGUCCAGGGCAGCCCUGGUCUGCAGGAAGUGGAACCAGAUGAUGUAUUCAGCUGACCUCUGGCGAUACAGGACCAUCACCUUCAGCGGGAGACCUUCCCGGGUACACGCAUCCGAAUUUGAGUCAGCUCUUUGGUAUGUUAAGAAAUUUGGCCGUUACCUGGAACACCUGGAGAUCAAAUUCCUGAAUCCUUACAAUGCUGUCUUGACGAAGAAGUUUCAGGUCACCAUGCGAGGUCUUCUCUCGUGCCUGGGCAAGAGUAACAACCGCCUGAAGUCUCUUUCCAUUCAGCACUUGGAACUGGACCGUCUGGUCUGGAGGAACAGCAUCAGGAGCUCUCUCAUCAAGAGCCUGAGCUUCUUCCUAAAGAAAAUGGGCAAACACCUGGACUACCUCAGCCUGAAAGGGGCCAGGCUCACAGUGGAGCAAGGCUGCCACGUCCUCAACUCCCUGAGCUACCUACGGAACGAGAGCAUGGCCUCGGAACUCAACAUUGAGGAUUACUUCAGCCAUCACCUGGCCGUCUACAGCAGCCCCCAGUUCAACAAGACCAUGGCCACGUUCCACAACCUGGUGUCCCUGACGCUCAACUACAACUGUAUCUCUGAUGAGCUGCUCGAGAACUUGGGUGAGAACAACGCCAGCACCCUCUGGACCAUGAACAUCAAAUGCCAUAUUCACGAUCCCCAUGGCCAAGUUGUCUGGGGCAUGUCCUGGGCCAAGCUGGCCAGACAGGCCAACAACCUGAAGGUGAACUUCUUCUUUGAGCGGGUCAUGAAGUACGAGCGCUUGGCCCGGAUCCUCCUGCAGGAGAUCCCGGUCAGGAGCAUCAGUCUGAGAAGCUGCUAUUUCAGUGAUCCAGACUGGUCCAUGCGGCCCACUCUGAUGGACCUCCUUCCCACCUUCCGGCACACUCUGCAGAAAUUAACUUUUGAGUUCAACAACAACCAUGAGUCACUGGAUGAAGAGCUGCACCUUCUCAUUCUAAACUGCAGGAAGCUGUUUUACUUUAAAAUCUGGGCUUUCCUCGAUGUUAGAUUUGUAGAGCGAAUUCUGAAGAGCCAAGAGGAGGGGCAGUGUGCCCUGCGCACCCUCAAGGUGAGAAUUUAUACAAACAGAUACGAGACAAAUGAAGAAGACAGGACCCUCCGGGAAAUUUACAGGAAGUACAGAAAGCUGAUCGAUUCAGAGCUAAACUAUUUUGUCAUCGCUUAUCCCAUGAUGUGA